AUGCCCGAUCGCGGCGGACAGGACAACGAGCCCGCGGCUCAGUGGUUAAUACGUUGGACAUUAACCAGCAGGUCGCAGUAUCGAGCACCAGGUUUUCAACACUUCGGGGUUGACUAUGGCUGGCUGACGACGGCCAAUAAAUCGGAAAUGGCCAUUCCAUCCUCCACUGUCUUUGUCGGUAAGACUAUUGCGUGGUUCGUAACGGUUUGCCUGACGAAAGGUCGGCAAGCGAGUCAUGCGGCACGCGGAUUUUCAUUUUCACUAACGUAAUUGAUGUCAAAGUUGCUCGCAUCAAGCUGAAGAUUAGGGUUUGGGAAACGGUUGGAGUUAGGGUCAGUAUUGGGAGUUGGGUUCUUCCUGGGGCUGAGGUUGCCAGGCUAAGGUUGGGGUUUAUAGUUAAAGUUUGGAGUUUGGGCUACGGUUUUAAGAUUUGGGUUGGGGAUAUAAGAUCCAGCUUAAGGUUGCGGUUGCGUUUCAGUUUUCCUUAAAUCCAUACGGGUUAAAGGUUAGGGUUGCCCAUUACAGCCACGGUUAUGGUUGGCGUCAGGGUCAUAGUUAACUGUGGUUUUCCCAAGGAGUUACAUACCAUAUCCUUGCCUCAUGUCCUUUCCUGACAGAAUUUCAAAUUUCAGCGGGGAGAACUUGGUAAGGAAUAUGAGACAUUACGGCGAACUCGUUUAGUACGGGUUGAAAAUGUAGGAAUUGAGGUUAGAGUUGUGGUUGGAAUUCAGGUCUUAGGGUUUGGGUCACUGUCAGAGUUAGCGCUUAGGGUUGGAGUUAAGGUUCAGGCUUCGGGUUUAGAGUAGUGGUGGGAGCGGUGAGGGUGAUUAUGUGAGGGGGUUAGAGUUGGGGUCGGGCCAUUUUCAGUGUCAGUGAAUUAGUGUCGGGCUUAAUACGGGUUAAUGUUUAGGUUUAGGAGUUUAAGGCUAGCGUUGACCUGAAAGUUUUUCGUUAGGGUUAGGAUUAGGCUUACGGUUGGAAUUAACUUUUGGGUUUGGAUCAGACUUAGUGUUUAGAGUUAGGAUCGGGGUUAGAAUAUACGCUUUCUAAUACAAAUGAUUGCAUUUAUAUCAGCAAGAAUGAUCAAAGCUCCAAGAAUGAAAGCAAGCUGGAUACAGGUAUUAACUCGCGUGACUAACGGCUAAGGGAUAUCGCAGAGCUACAAACGUUCAAUAAACCACACAGUUUAGUAAAUAUUGCUUAAAAAGGAAUCCGCAUGAUGAGACAACGGGAGGUCAGAAAAUACCAGGCGACUUUGGGGCUUUGGAACGAGACAGGACAUAGUGAGUGAAUUGAAUGGCAUCUAAGAGUACUCCUCCGUUUUUUAGAAAAAAUAUAAUCUCAAUCACAAGUUUGAGCAGAUUAGCUUCAGCGAAGUGCUACUGACGGACAUCGUUAAGAUGUAUUUGGUACUUCAAAGAUGUUUUAGCAGAUUUUGAAUAAUUCAUACUGACCCAACUGUGAAAAACUCGGCGCCUCGGUGGGAUUCGAACCCACGCAGUAAGGGCAAGGCUUUAGUAUAACUAAACCUUCUAACCAAUUGAGCUACGAGGCCCUGCCGGACGACGCGAGUUUAAUCCCAGUUGGGUUAAGUUACCCGCCCAACCUACUGUAACGUCUAGAAUUUACCAAAUCUGAUACAGUAAGCUGACUGCCGAAGCAGGAUUUCCUAUGAAAUCCACCUAGAAUCCACCAGAUGACUAGCAGGCUCACGUAAUUCAUGGAUGUUUUGGCAGAUUUUGAAUAUUGCUACGGUCACAUCCCACAGAGUGAAAGUUAUAGUUUCGAGAACUGUCCCGGUCAAUGCCCGGAUGGUUGGGAGCGGAGCGGUCGGGUUUUUAAUAAAAGUUUUGGACAGGAAAGCGUUGAAACUAUCAGCGGUCAACUGGACAUUAGCCAUGGGAUUCCCGAAAACGUCUCGGGGGCUGGGAUGCUACGCUUCUCACUGGGUUCGCACUUUUCGGGCGAAAAGUUUCGAGAAAUUUAACAAAUGGUUUUCGGUGAACUGGACUUCUUCAGUUAGCUAUUUUUCUUUGGACGAUCUCCUAGCCCGCUCAAAAAUAGCAAAAAUCGGGGGCAGAAUGGAAACGUCGUUCUGAAGAUCGAAUCGAAGAGAAAGUCUGCGCAACCAGCGGCGAAAGGGUAAGGGUAGGAAAACCUCAUCCCCGACAUUAAUUCUUUUCUUACGGGUCUUUUCCGAUAAAAGGUGCAACAAAACUUAGGAUAAUGAGCUGCAAAGUGUUUGGGAUAUCUCGCAUCUACUGUAGGUAUUUACUGUCAUGCGCCGGGUUCUUGUUCUGCGUGAGUAGUCUACGUCAACUCGCCGUCCAAACGUUCAAUCUUUCUCUCUUUCAUCGUCGUCGUUUUGCUCCUAUCACUUCCCGCUCACGGCCCACACGCAUUCGUAUAGUCAAGAAACGAUAUUGCAAGGCGUUCGAAAAAUCCUGCUGAACCAGCCUUCGUCAGAGACCACGAAAGUCCUCUUCACCAUUUAACUCGCGACGUUGUCUGUUUUCGCUUUUAACGGGCUUCGUGUCUGAACCCCAAUGGUCUGCGCUUCCACACGCUGUAGGCAGCUUAUGUAGAUAGUAAAUGGUCUUACUUGUGUAUCUGUUUCAGAAUAACACAUAUACUUAACUCGAAAGUCAGUUUGCGACUAGUGUUGAAAUAACUAUACAGCAUAGAUUAAGCAAGCCGCAAAAAAUCCAUCAUAAAUCAAUGCGGGGGUAGUCAAUGUUAUCUUAACUUUGAGCAACUAUUAAUAAUAAAAGUGAGUCUCAACCCCUGCGUGCUCAGAGGUAAAACUGCCUCCCGAGGAAUGACCACAAGUUAGAACGCAACUUGAAGGAGCGUUUUUAUGCUUCAUUCUUUUCACAGAAGGCGGAGAGGUGAAUACCAGCUCGGAGCUGAACGACGAAUCUAUCCACGAGGCAGCAGACAGCGACGGUGACCGGGGUUCUCACAGGGACGAGACGGAGGAGUGGGGGCUUAAGUCCGCAUAUGCCACCACCGCGGAAGAUGACUUCGGUGGUUACAGCGCCUAA